UAGGGGUCCCUUCCAACCCAAAACAUUCUAUGAUUCUACUAAAGCGCUUGUGUGGAGCGUGUUGCUGCAGCACUGUAACAGUGAUAGAGAUGCUUUCCAGUUUUAUGCAGGCUUUCUCAUAAAGGUGUCAGGGAAGUGUGUAUUUCCAGGGAGUUGUGAAGGAGAUGAAUCAUAGAAUCUUAGAAUGUUUUGGCAGAGAGGCAGAGAGGAGGUGAUUUGCCCUUGGAGCCAAGCUGUAAAGGUUUUGGCUUGGGAGGGAAGAGCAGGGAUAGGGUACAGAGAGCUGAAACAGAGGAACUCAUCCACCAUCUCACUCUCAUCCAUGGUGAGACGAGCUCUGCAACUUGUAUUAUCCCUGUGUUCUUGCAUACCACAUUUUUUUGCUCCUUUCUUUCUUAGUAUAGCUCUGAUUUUCAUCCAGCCCAAGCCACCUUUUCCAAAGUGUAGGACAUGGCGGCAGUUUUCUGACAGUCCACUUCCUUCAGAGUGUCUCUUUGAUGCUGAAGGCUUCUCUUUGACAUAAAGGAAUUCAUAGAUAAGAGGGAGAUGGGAAGGUGAGAAGGUAGCUAGGCACACCAUCUUCAUGCAUAACACUGACUUUUCAGUGAGGUAUAAAUGAUGGUGCUGCUGAAAUCAGCUACUCAUUUAAUACGUGGAUGUAGAUGAAUUGUAGGAAUGUUUUCCUUAGCUAGAGGAAAAUGUAGGAUUUUUCUUGAACUCUGUUUUAUGCAUUGUCUGGUUGAAAGGCUAGGGGAGGGGUUGUCUGUUAAAUGACGAAGUGAAUAAAUACACUUAUGUCUUUUCCCAAGUAAUUGUUUUGGCUUUAGCAAACUGCUUGACCUUUUCAUGCUCCCUUCUCCCGUGUCAGAUGUAUACAAUAAUGCAAAAUACGUGUUUUUAUUUUCUACAGCUUACCCCGUACUCACCAACCAGGGGGGCAGACAUGCUAAGAGCCAAGGAUGCUCUCCUGCGCCUGCGGCCCUGUCGCUGCGCAUGCCUGGCACAACUUCCAGCUGGCAGGCUCGCAUGGCGUUCGCUGCACGGGCAGCCGCUGCACCCCGAGUGGGCUGCCCUCGCUGAAAAGCAGCUGAAGGGCAAGAAUCCAAAGGAUUUAAUUUGGCACACCCCAGAGGGGAUCAACAUCAAGCCCUUGUACUCCAAAAGGGACACAAAAGACCUCCCUGAGGAGCUGCCAGGGGUGAAACCUUUCACUCGAGGACCCUACCCAACCAUGUACACGUACAGGCCAUGGACUAUCCGCCAAUAUGCUGGCUUCAGUACGGUGGAGGAGAGCAACAAGUUCUACAAGGACAACAUUAAAGCUGGCCAGCAGGGAUUGUCUGUUGCUUUUGAUUUAGCCACCCAUCGUGGUUAUGAUUCAGACAAUCCACGAGUUCGAGGAGACGUUGGAAUGGCUGGAGUUGCCAUUGAUACAGUGGAAGACACCAAAAUCCUUUUUGAUGGAAUUCCUUUAGAGAAAAUGUCAGUUUCUAUGACAAUGAAUGGGGCAGUCAUUCCCGUGUUGGCAACCUUCAUUGUAACUGGAGAAGAACAGGGAGUGCCUCAGGCCAAGCUGACAGGGACAAUCCAAAAUGACAUCUUGAAGGAGUUCAUGGUCCGAAAUACGUACAUUUUCCCCCCUGAACCAUCCAUGCGGAUUAUUGCUGACAUCUUCCAGUACACCUCAAAGCAUAUGCCAAAAUUUAAUUCCAUUUCAAUCAGCGGAUACCAUAUGCAAGAGGCAGGAGCUGAUGCCAUUCUGGAAUUAGCUUAUACUAUAGCAGAUGGCUUGGAGUACUGCAGAACUGGACUUAAAGCUGGCCUUACAAUUGAUGAAUUUGCACCAAGGCUUUCCUUCUUCUGGGGAAUUGGCAUGAACUUCUAUAUGGAAAUAGCUAAGCUGAGAGCUGGGCGGCGGCUGUGGGCUCACUUGGUAGAGAAAAUGUUUAAGCCCAAGGAUCCCAAAUCCCUUCUGCUGAGAGCUCAUUGUCAGACUUCGGGCUGGUCACUCACUGAGCAGGAUCCCUUUAACAAUGUUAUCCGUACUACAAUUGAAGCAAUGGCUGCGGUGUUUGGAGGCACACAGUCUUUGCAUACAAACUCAUUUGAUGAAGCCUUGGGUUUGCCUACAGUGAAGAGUGCUCGCAUUGCUCGGAACACGCAGAUCAUAAUUCAAGAGGAGUCAGGUAUUCCUAAAGUGGCAGACCCGUGGGGGGGAUCUUACCUCAUGGAGUGCCUCACCAACGAUGUCUAUGAAGCUGCUUUGAAGCUUGUUGAGGAGAUAGAAGAAAUGGGUGGAAUGGCCAAAGCUGUUGCUGAGGGGAUUCCCAAACUUCGUAUCGAAGAGUGUGCAGCUCGACGACAAGCCAGGAUUGACUCUGGUUCUGAAGUAAUUGUUGGAGUAAACAAGCAUCAGCUAGAAAAAGAGGAGACAGUCGAAGUUCUGGCUAUUGAUAAUACUUCAGUCCGUAGCAAGCAGAUCGAGAAGAUUAAUAAGGUGAAGGCCAGUAGAGAUCAAGCAGCAGCCCAGCAAUGUCUCGCUGCUCUAACACAGUGUGCUGCUACCGGGGAAGGCAACUUACUUGCACUUGCAGUGGAAGCAGCACGUUCAAGGUGCACUGUUGGAGAAAUAACAGAUGCAAUGAAGAAGGUGUUUGGGGAGCAUAAAGCCAGCGACCGAAUGGUGAGCGGUGCUUAUCGCCAGGAGUUUGGAGAGAGCGAUGAAAUUCUUCAUGCCAUCAAUAGAGUUAACAAGUUCAUGGAUCGUGAGGGGCGCAGGCCUCGUAUACUUGUUGCAAAGAUGGGUCAAGAUGGCCAUGACAGAGGAGCUAAAGUUAUUGCUACAGGAUUUGCAGACAUUGGCUUCGACGUGGACAUAGGUCCCCUCUUCCAGACACCUCGAGAAGUGGCCCAGCAGGCGGUCGAUGCAGACGUGCACUGUGUUGGUGUGAGCACACUUGCAGCAGGUCAUAAAACUCUCGUGCCUGAACUCAUCAAAGAACUCAACGCCCUUGGCCGGCCAGACAUUCUUGUCAUAUGUGGAGGUGUCAUCCCACCUCAGGAUUACGACUUCCUGUAUGAAGCCGGUGUUACCAAUGUGUUUGGUCCAGGGACUCGUAUUCCAAAAGCAGCUGUCCAAGUGUUGGAUGAUAUUGAGAAGUGCCUGGAGAAGAGGCAGCAAUCUAUGUAAUGCUGAAAUGUCACGCAUUGCAACCAGCCUUAUACUAAUCGCUUACAGAACGUAAUCAUCAGCAAGGGAUGGCCAGCCACAUACCUUUGGUUCCACUGCCCCGUGGCCUGGUGUUUUGUGCUUUCUAAGAAAGUUGUAAAUUCUCUGCUUGUUCUAUUUUGCAUUAUUUAUAUAUGUACCCACAAGAAAAUUUUAUCUCUAGAACUAUGACUUCAGGGAAUGAAGGGAAUUCAGUAGGUGGGUUUGCGUUUGUUUGGUUUUUUUUUUUUCCCAGAUAUACUGAUAAAUAAAAUAUCCGUUCCAGCUCUUUGGUUGAUCUCUUUUGCAUGCAGAAUACUUCUUUUGAAUUUUUUGGCAGGCGUUGUAGACCGAGAAGUCUUCAGGCAAGAUUGCUGAAGUUCAGGAGAGAUGUGAUUGAAUCCAGCAGCACUUUGAUGUUAACGUUAAUCUGACUUAACUCUCUUUAGAAAUGUGUAAGUAGAUAAGCCAUACUUUUUCAAAGUUCAUGGUUUGUUUAAUAAGAUACAAAUCCUGUAUCCAGCAGUAGCCCGUAUUGCAGCAGCUGUGUGCCUCUGCGCUGUCUGCAUCGCCGCCGUUCCCCCAUACCUCACUGUUUCUCAAGUGAAGUUCAUUUCAGUGCUCAUUCUCUCUUACUUAGUUCUGUAUUUCUGUCUAGAAUUGUUCUUGCUAUCCCUGUCUAUUUAGCGGUUGGACUUCCUUCAGGUAAAUUGAUCCUGAAUUUGCACCAUUUUUGUCUCCCCUCCAGAAGCAAUUUGAUUUAUACACAUGAAAAAUCCUUUGUGGAAUCCAUACAGGCCAAAUGGGGUGUGAGGGUCUUUUGGGGAACAGUACCUGGCGUUAUGGCCUUAUCCCACUUCACUUCCUUUUGCCUUGCUGCUCCUUGCAUCCCAUCAUAAAAUGAGACUACAGCCUCCCUGGGGUGACGCUUCUCUCUGUGACGUGGUGGAAGAGGCUGUAGCACCAUCAUACUUUAUUCAAAAUGAGAUUUUCUGCAGUGGGCCUGGAAUUGCAGAUCCAGGUAAUAGCAUUGUAUCCUCACUUCAAAGAUUGCAGCUGAUGAGAUCUUUACUUAAAAUAAGCUUGUUUAAUGGGGCACGUGCCCGUAGUCUCACACUGCUCAGAAACAAGGAGGUUAACUGACUUCUUGUUCUCUCAGUCUUUCUAAUUAAGGUUUAAAGUAUUGACCCCAAACCUGACCUUUGCCUUUGACCCUCCUUGGGGGUUUACCCUCAACUAUUUAUAAGUAUCUGAUUCCCCCCUGAAAGACUGGCAUGGUUCAAACCAGGAUAUACAGAAAGUAACAACAAUAAAAAUCGUAGAAUCAGAGAAUCAGUUAGGUUGGUCACCUAGUCCAAUCCCCAAAAUACUCCCUUAGGUCUUUUCACAAGCCUUCUUGCCUGCCAAUUGGGAAAAUACAUAAAGUGUUGGUGACCUCUAAACUUUGUAAUGGCACUGGUUUAAUUCUUUUCUUCCUGUCUAUGGUUUCUCUGCACUAUGACAAUGUAUGACGUCUACCUGCAUUUGCCUUACAGAGUCCUUUUUUUAAAUCUCAUGAUCUUUACUAUCUUCUUCCCUUGAAUUCAAUAAAAAAGUCCCCACCAACUUCAACUGGAAUCACUCCAGGCUUUCAGUGCUUGAAGGAGGGCCCUUUGAAGCUCUAGACUGGGACUGACGAACGUACGUUGAUUCUCUCUUCUCAUAGCAAGGUUGGAAAACAAAAUGGUGAUCUAGGGAGAGAGUCGUUUUCUCACCCGGCGCACAGUGUUUGUACUGGGCUCCUUGAGGAAAGAAAACAUUCAAGUGAGCAGGCUUUCCUUCGAGCGAGUCGUCAGUUCACUGCCUAAGCAGGUAUUCCUUACGGGAUGGCAAGCUAGGAUGGAACAUGCUUUUCCCAUAUGUUCUCUGCUGCCGAAGCAGCACUACAGUGAACGUGGUGCUUGCUGACAAGCUGAUGCCAGGGUUGUCAGCCCUGAUUGGUAACGGUGAAUGGUCACCAACUAAAAUCUCAGACGCUGCACACACUCCUCAUCAACCUGCCUGCUUUAAAACUGCACUGCUGUUCGGGCUAGUGAGAAGUUGGGUUAGUGCAAAAUCAAGUAGGUGUUCUGCAAAUAUACUGAAAUAUUUUGUUUCAAUAUGAGUAUUUUGGGCAUAUUCCAGGACAAAAUGAUAGCUAUAAACCGUGGGACUAGACACUCGGAUCUUUCCAAUAGGAAUGAGCAAGGUAGCGGCAGGUUACUGCAUGGCUAAGUCAUUCCCCUUGGGAACUUCCAAAAUUGUAGGUCUUUUUUUACGUGUAAGACACUUUCUGUUUGGCAAAGAUGCAAGGAAUACAGCUAGGAGAAAAGGCUGGCGAUGUGGAGAUCCUAAUUUACACGGAGGAAUUGACUUACUGCGAUGCAUUGUCUUUCACAAAAGAAGCUUUGAUAAAGCAAGAACCAAGUCCCAGGCCAGUGCCCUAACUGUGAAAGAAACAUCCCUCUUGUCUUUCAGUCAUAAAGUAACCUCCCGAGCAUGGUAGAUGAUCCAGAGGACAAAUUACCCUAAGGGAGUAGCAAUCCCUUCUCCAUUCUUAGCGUUUCACAACCUUCAGGAUUGGAGCUUUUGCACUUGUAUUGUGCUGUUCAUUGAACAGUCGGUGCUUUACAGCGAUGAGCAGCCAGACGGUCGACUGUGUGGGUAAGAGAAGAACCCAAAUAAGUGAUUUCCCCAAAGUCGCACAGUGUAACUGGCAAAGUAAUGGGGUAGAACCCAGGGCUUGGCAGGGUGAGCCUCGCGCUGUAACCACUAGAACAAUGUUCUCCCUCAAAUAAUUGAUCUUUGUUCUGAAAUGGGUCACAUUUAAUUUUACAGAUGGAAAGUUGACCAUUAAUAGGAGUGAUCUAGUCCUGUAAGUUACUCCUAUGCUGAGAUGGACAAACUGCCUAGAAGGUUUUUCAAAGCAAGGCACUGAAUUCCAAUUUAUUUUAGUGCAAGUCAGGGUGCUGGUUGUAUUAUUUUAACUUUAUAUGUCAUCAUCUAAGUAGGGAGCUCCAUUUAUCCUCAACGGAAAGACGGGAGCCGGAGGUGGCUCGCUCGGAUGUGGGUGCCUGCAUUGUAAACUUCCACACCUUGGUGAGGUAACUCCUAGGAUGUGAGCAGGUGAGAUACUCUUGGAGUUUUUACCUUAAAUAUUUGUACUGGGGUGACUGCGCUGGUGAUGGCAGACAUCAGCUGCCCAGAAUCGCUCCUGAUGUAAGCACUUGCCUUCUGCUUCAGUGUCAUAGAAGAUCACUUGGUUGACAGCACAGACCAGGACUGGGCAGGAAAAUGCCAUGAAAUUAGAGUUAUAUGUUGACCAUAAAGCAAUUUCAUGAAACUUCAGAAAAAGCAGCUAGUCCCCUAU